UUUGCUUCUGGGAUUGGCUAGAAAGGUAGUUCCGCUGAGGCGUGGUAGGAAGUAGUAGCCGUCAAUCACGAGGGGAGACUCCAAACAGUGAGCCUAGAGCUGAAGAACAGCGUUUACCGGCGGGGCGGCCGGUUUUGUGAAUGAAGCUAUGGCUACAGAUUCUCCCAGAAGACCCAGUCGCUGUACUGGUGGAGUUGUGGUUCGCCCCCAGGCUGUCACGGAGCAGUCCUACAUGGAAAGUGUGGUGACUUUUCUUCAGGAUGUUGUGCCACAGGCUUACAGCGGAACUCCUUUAACAGAAGAAAAGGAGAAAAUAGUUUGGGUCAGAUUUGAAAAUGCAGAUUUAAAUGAUACGUCGAGAAACCUAGAAUUUCACGAAAUACAUAGCACUGGGAAUGAGCCACCGCUGCUGGUUAUGAUCGGCUAUAGUGAUGGAAUGCAGGUCUGGAGCAUCCCUAUCAGUGGGGAAGCACAGGAGCUCUUUUCUGUUCGACAUGGCCCAAUUCGAGCGGCUCGAAUCUUGCCUGCUCCGCAGUUUGGUGCUCAAAAAUGUGACAACUUUGCUGAAAAAAGACCCCUCCUUGGUAUUUGUAAGAGCACUGGAUCUUCUGGCACAAGCCCACCGUACUGUUGUGUGGAUCUGUAUUCGCUUCGUACUGGGGAAAUGGUCAAGUCCAUUCAGUUUAAAACACCUAUCUAUGACCUCCACUGCAACAAACGGAUCCUCGUUGUAGUCUUGCAGGAGAAAAUCGCUGCUUUUGACAGCUGUACUUUCACAAAGAAAUUUUUUGUCACAAGCUGCUACCCUUGUCCAGGGCCCAACAUGAAUCCUAUUGCUCUUGGGAGUCGCUGGCUUGCUUAUGCAGAAAACAAGCUGAUUCGAUGUCACCAGUCCCGUGGUGGAGCCUGUGGAGACAACAUUCAGUCUUACACUGCCACAGUCAUUAGUGCUGCUAAAACCCUGAAAACUGGCCUGACAAUGGUUGGGAAAGUGGUGACUCAGCUGACAGGUACCCUGCCUUCAGGUGUUAUCGAAGAUGAUGUUGCCAUCCAUAGUAACUCAAGGCGGAGUCCUUUGGUCCCAGGCAUCAUCACAGUUAUUGAUACUGAAACAGUUGGAGAAGGUCAGGUACUUGUGAGUGAGGAUUCUGACAGUGAUGGCAUCGUGGCCCACUUCCCUGCUCACGAGAAACCAGUGUGCUGUAUGGCUUUUAAUACAAGUGGAAUGCUUCUAGUCACAACAGACACCCUUGGCCAUGACUUUCAUGUCUUCCAAAUUCUGACACAUCCUUGGUCCUCGUCACAAAGUGCUGUCCAUCACCUCUACACUCUUCACAGGGGAGAAACUGAAGCCAAAGUACAAGACAUCUGCUUCAGCCAUGACUGUCGCUGGGUUGUGGUCAGCACACUCCGAGGCACGUCCCAUGUUUUCCCCAUCAACCCUUAUGGUGGCCAGCCUUGUGUUCGAACACAUAUGUCACCCCGAGUUGUGAAUCGGAUGAGCCGUUUCCAGAAAAGUGCUGGUCUAGAAGAGAUAGAACAAGAGCUGACAUCGAAGCAGGGGGGUCGCUGUAGCCCCGUGCCUGGUCUAUCAAGCAGCCCUUCUGGCUCGCCUCUACAUGGAAAACUAAACAGUCAAGAUUCCUACAAUAAUUUUGCCAACAACAACCCUGGCAACCCUCGGCUUUCUCCCCUCCCCAGCUUGAUGGUAUUGAUGCCUCUUGCUCAAAUCAAGCAGCCAAUGACAUUGGGGACCAUCACUAAACGAACAGGGCCUUAUCUGUUUGGAGCGGGGUGUUUUUCCAUAAAAGCUCCAUGCAAAGUUAAACCACCUCCACAAAUUUCACCUAGCAAAUCUAUGGGCGGAGAAUUCUGUGUGGCUGCAGUUUUUGGAACAUCCAGAUCAUGGUUUGCAAAUAAUGCAGGUCUGAAAAGAGAAAAAGAUCAGUCCAAACAAGUUGUAGUUGAGUCUCUCUACAUUAUUAGCUGCUAUGGGACCUUGGUGGAACACAUGAUGGAGCCACGGCCACUCAGCACCGCCCCCAAGAUUAGUGAUGACACCCCAUUGGAAAUGAUGACAUCCCCCCGCGCCACCUGGACUUUGGUUAGAACUCCUCAAUGGAAUGAAUUGCAGCCACCAUUUAAUGCAAAUCACCCUCUGCUCCUUGCUGCUGAUGCAGUACAGUAUUACCAGUUCCUGCUUGCUGGCCUGGCUCCACCUGGAAGUCCAGGGCCCAUUACUCGACAUGGGUCCUAUGACAGUUUAGCCUCUGACCACAGUGGGCAAGAAGAUGAAGAAUGGCUUUCUCAGGUAGAAAUUGUAACUCACACUGGACCCCACAGACGUCUCUGGAUGGGUCCCCAGUUCCAGUUCAAAACCAUCCAUCCCUCAGGCCAAACCACAGUCAUAUCAUCCAGUUCAUCUGUGUUGCAGUCUCACGGUCCAAGUGAUACUCCACAACCCCUUUUGGAUUUUGAUACAGAUGAUCUUGAUCUCAACAGUCUCAGGAUCCAGCCAGUCCGCUCUGACCCAGUCAGCAUGCCAGGGUCAUCCCGUCCCGUCUCUGAUCGAAGGGGAGUUUCUACCAUGAUUGAUGCUGCCUCAGGUACCUUUGACCGGAGCGUGACCCUGCUGGAGGUGUGUGGGAGCUGGCCCGAGGGCUUCGGGCUGCGGCAUAUGUCCUCCAUGGAGCACACCGAGGAGGGCCUUCGGGAGCGGCUCGCCGACGCCAUGGCCGAGUCGCCCAGCCGGGACGUAGUGGGCUCCGGAACAGACACAGCCCUUGAUGUAGCCGUUAAAACCGUCACCCCUGAGAGACACAUGGCUGUGAAGUGUGUGGGGAAAAAAAAAGGAAAAAAAAAACAAUGCCAACAACCCAGCGCCCGUGAGCAACCCAACAGUAACAAAGCGUGUGCUCGGGAUGGAGGAAGAGCUGCAGCGCGAGGGAAGCAUCGAGACUCUGAGUAACAGCUCAGGUUCCACCAGCGGCAGCAUCCCCAGAAACUUCGAUGGCUACCGCUCCCCGCUGCCCACCAACGAGAGUCAGCCCCUCAGCCUCUUCCCAACUGGCUUCCCGUAGCGGCCAGCGUCCUGCUCCAGCCUGGCUGGCUGCCCCUCUGCUGCAGGGAGCGGGGAGCACCCCAGCAUUCAGUCUCUGCUCCUCUUGCGCCCACCACCUUCCCCAAGCUUCGUGCCAGCCGCCACCCGCCCUCCCUGGACUGAGAAGAGACACUUCUCCAAAGCUCCCUGUGGCCCUCUGACCUGUCCCCACCCAUCAGCGGGGGGCUGCGGCCCAGAGACUCUGCAGAUGCUCCGUCCCCUCCUCGUUUGCACAUGAUGUCCUGCAUUUGGAUCCGCUUUUGUAUUUUCUAACCAUACCCACAGGGGUCCUGCGGGGGGGGGGAGGUUGGGGGGUGUGGAGAGGGUGGCUGGCUGGGCCAAGCAUUUUGACCCUGAGUGGACACCCCAGCCCAUCCCUCCUGGCUGUGCACACACUGCCCAGCUUCCCUUGGCCAGUCUCCCUCUGGCAUGGGGUAAACAGAGGCCAGAGUAUUAGGGAAGGAGGAAGGAAGAAACCCGCCUUCCUUUCUUUCCCGUUGGCUCAUAGAAAGGAUCUUUCUCUCUGUAAGCCCUUUUACCCUGGUCCUGUACAGAAACUAUGGUGACUGAGGCCCUGUCAAAAAAGUGCACGUCUUGUCCAAUAAAUCACGCUGCGAUUGGUGUCCA